AUGUCCAAGACAAGAACAGUUAAAUGUGGAAUACCCCAAGGUUCUAAUCUUGGGCCACUUCUUUUCUUAUUAUAUAUAAACGACCUGCCAAACUGCCUGACCUCAUCUUCAGCAAGCAUGUUUGCCGUUGACACAAAUGUUUCAACCAAUGGCAAAACAAAUGACGAACUACAAGAACGCAUUAACGUGGACUUAGAAAAUAUACACCAGUGGUUACUUGCAAACAAACUUACACUUAACAAAGAUAAAACUGAAUACAUGAUUAUUGGUUCAAGACAACGAAUUUCAAACUUAGUACUAACGGACCCUAAAAUUGAGCUUGGUGAAUCAGUCAUUAAACGGGUUCACAAAUCAAAAACUUUAGCCGCGUAA